AUGCAUUGCACACUAUCUCCAGAAAACACAAUUUUACUCGACAAACUGAUAAAAUCUACAAAAACAGAGAUGAUUAGCAUAGAAGUCGACUCGAUCUUUCAAAUAUAUCUUAUAUCACCUGAUUUAUCACAACUAACAAUAAUAAAGCUUGAGCCUUCAUUUUUUGAAUCAUUUGAAAAUACCGUACUCAUACAAGUCUCAUUUCCAGUUAGGAAACUUUACAAACAGAAUAUAAAAGCAUUGCAAAUUACUUUAAAUGAUUACACAAUUAACCUGGAAUAUAUUUUUAACGCCAUGAAACAUACCCAAACUUUUGAUUGCCUUGAGGCAGAGAUAUUUGACCUUGACUUUCAGUGUGAAAGAGAGAUCGAGAUUAAACUGCCAGGAUUAAAGAGAAUAUUGAGGGAAAUUAAAGACAAACAAAUUAAAAUAGAGAUGAAAGAUUCGUUUAAAAUUUCAGGCCAACAUGUUGAAAUUUCAAUACCCCAGACAAAUUUAGACGUGGAUUUCACCGUUGAUACUGAAAAAUUUAAAUCAAUUGUCAAAAUUUCAGACCAUUUUUACACAAUAAAGUUUAAUUUGCCAGCUGAAAUCUCACCAUUGAAUAUCACAAUGGAAGCACCUGAAAUAUUUUUAUCAACAUUCAUAUCAAUCGAGUAA